CAUCGGUACCGAUACCGACUUCUUCUACUCGUUGAACGUCGAACGGCGACGAUGGCGAAUAUCUCGAGGUGAUUUGAAAUUCGUGUGUGCAUGUGCGUGUGCGUGGGCACCCGCGCGCGCGCCCCGCGCCAACCUACGGUGACUUAACGCCAAAAGUGUGUGUAGUGUGUGUACCACAUAGUUUAUUAUGAUAUUUUACACGUGUGUAUUACACGUUAGACGCUCGAAGUGAAUUUAUUACAAAGAUAAACAGCGAUCGAGGCGUAUAAACAAGCCCGUUGUACAGGUACGACCGGCGAGAUGAGGAUGCGAAGCCCGAUCAACGACCGAGUCAAGAGCCUCGUGCGGAGGCGGCUGCCCAUCGUCGCCUGGCUGCCCGAGUACUCCUGGGGCAAACUUCUGCAGGACGCACUGGCCGGCCUGACCGUCGGCCUCACGGCCAUACCCCAGGGCAUCGCUUACGCCGUCGUCGCCAGAUUGGAGCCGCAGUACGGACUCUACAGCAGCUUCAUGGGAUGCUUCGUUUAUAUAAUCUUCGGUAGCGUGAAAGACGUGACGGUCGGCCCGACGGCGAUCAUGGGCCUGCUCACUCAGCCCUACGUCGGACAGUACGGUGCCGACUUCGCGGUACUGCUGUGCUUUCUGUCGGGCUGCAUCAUGGCGCUGAUGGGACUGUUACGGGUGGGCUUCCUCGUGGACUUCAUCAGCAUGCCGGUGAUCGCGGGCUUCACCAACGCCGCGGCCAUCAUCAUCGGCUCGUCGCAGGUAGGCACGCUGCUCGGCAUCCAGGGCCGCGCCGAGUCCUUCGUCGACGCCAUGCGCAAGCUCGUCGAGCGCUUCGACGAGAUACAGCUCGGCGACACGCUCCUCGGCGUCUUCUCGAUGAUACUGCUCGUCGGCUUGAAGAAUUUACCGGGCAAUCGGCGAGGCAGCGCCGGCAAGAAGCUCAUGUGGAUCAUGACCCUGUCGCGCAACGCCGUCGUCGUCGUGCUGGGCAUGCUGCUGGCCUAUCUGCUGUCGCUCUACGGCCUGUCGCCGUUCAAGAUAACCGGCGACAUAGCCGCGGGCCUGCCGAGCCUCACGCCGCCGCCCUUCUCCACCACCCACAACAACGUCACCUACGGCUUCGUCGACAUGGUCCGGAUUUACGGCACGAGCAUGGCCUCGGUGCCGCUGAUCGCCGUGCUCGAGAGCAUCGCCAUCGCCAAGUCCUUCGCCAAGGGUAAGACGGUCAACGCCAAUCAGGAGAUGCUGGCCGUCGGCCUGUGCAACGUGUUCGGCAGCUUCGCGAGGUCGAUGCCCACCACGGGCAGCUUCACUCGCACCGCGGUGAACAACGCCUCGGGCGUGCGCACCCCCAUGGGCGGCCUCGUCACCGGCAUCCUCGUGCUGCUCGCCUGCGGCCUGCUCACCGGCACCUUCCGCUUCAUUCCCAAGGCCACUCUGGCCGCCGUCAUCAUCAUCGCCAUGUACUACAUGCUCGAGAUCAAGCUGUUCCGGCUGCUGUGGAGGACCAAAAAAAUCGACCUGAUACCGCUGAUAGUGACGCUGAUAACGUGCCUGGCAUUUGGACUGGACUACGGCAUGUUAAUAGGAAUCGCGUCGAAUCUGUUAUCCUUGCUGUACUACGCCGCCCGUCCCGAAGUCAUUUUCGAGGAGCGCACGGAAAAUGGCGCAUCGAUUCUUCUGGUGAUGCCGCAACAGUCGCUGAGUUUUCCCGCCGCCGAGUAUCUCAGGGAGCGCGUCAUGAACUGGUGCGACAGCAUGCAGAACACGAAGAUCGUCGUGAUCGACGGCAAAAACGUACGAGGAAUCGAUACGACGGUAGCCAAAAAUUUGUCUCUCCUCUCGACCGAUCUCGAGGCGCGCAAACAGCGCCUCGUCUUCUGGAACUGGUGCGAAAACGCCAGCUCGGUUAUGAUUUCCUUCGAUUCGGCCAACAAGGAACACUUCAAAAGCACCAACGCGCUCGCUCAGGUCGUCGAGGAGAGAGCUGCGCCAGUCGAGCCAAUGGGAGGUGUAUCGCCAGCCUGAACGUACCCUCCGAAACGAACGAAAAGAGAGUUUAUUUUUUAAUUAUGCAAGUGAAAAUAUAGACAUGGAUUGGAAAAGCACAAACAUUGAAAUAAGUUUGAAACUACCUGGGUAGUUACCGAUUAACUUUGAACUGAAAGAUAUCUUUCGACAAAAGUUUCUGCGAUUGUUUCGAAAUCUUUAAUGCAUAAGUUCGUAUACUUUAUCAGCCGACUGAAAUGUACAAUUUUGGUCUAGAAAAUUAAAUGCUUCUUUUUUUUUUAAUUUCAGUACUUUAGAAUUAAUUUACCACGAUGUCGCGGUACUAUUUUUUAAUCAAAUUUUUUUGUAGAGCAAUUAAAAAACGUUAUAAAAUAUUUUAAUGAGAUUGUUUUUAUUUAUUCAACUGAAAAGCUUUAUAAUUGUAGAAUUUCAUUACUUGCACUACCGGUCGUACAUAAUAUGUUUGUAUUUGCUCUUCAAAGCGCUCAAACAAUAAUUGUUUACAUUUUUUUUUGUUGAGUGUGCAAAGCAACUAUGUUUUCCUUCUGUUUUUUACUUGGCUCGCAAGUAGGUGUGAAUAACUGACUGUUAGUACGUACAUGUAUUUUCAGUGAGAAAGUAUUAAAUAAUAUGUGAUAGUAAUCUGCAGAAAAUUCGUUAUCUCGGAUUCUUAUUAUUUUUUCACUCGUAAAAAAAAUUCGUUCAAAAGUGCGAUACAUUAUGCGCAUUUAUAGCUAUACUUGUAAUAAAAGUAGUAUUUUUAAAAUAAGUGUACGCGUAAUUUGCAUUUUUUUUAUGAAUUCAAAAUACUUUUUUGUGAUUCAGAACUUUAAUGUUUAAGUUAAAAAAAUAAAAUUCGAUAAUUCUGGAAUUAGACUACGAUUCCAUUGUAAUAUUUCAAUAUGUAAUUAGCGAAUCGUGUAUCAUGUUUCGUGGCACAAAAAUAAAUGUUUAUAUAUCUAUGUCAAAGAGGUAAAUAAAAUAU